UUCACAGAAAUCGGACGUGAAAAUUUUGAUUGCUAAAAUAAUAUUAUUCGAAUUGGGUUACAGUGUUAUGUUAACUAUUGUAACAGUGCUGAUGAGAUUUUUCAUGCCAUUUUAGUGGAGAAUGGUUUUUUGAGAUGAAAAUUGCGUACAUUUGUGUUGCAUAAUUAAAAAUUGGAAGGUAAAUUCAUUGUGCAUAAUAUGACGGACUAUAAGUGGUGAUAAAUGAAAAUAAAUCUGAGUUUUAAUGAAACAUUUUCGGCGAUUUUCUGUGGUUUCUUUUCGUCAAAGCCAAUGAAGUUAGUUUGAUAAAUUAUGUUGACGAUUUUCUCGGGAACACUAUUAACGAAGAACGGAAAUAUUUGUGAAAUUUUUUGGAAAUUCAAUCAGUUAUGCAUUCGUCACUGUCAACAUCACCGUCACCAUUAGAUUUACGACCCGCCCUAUCUAAUACACCGACUCCGCACGCAAAUUCCGGAGAGGAUAAAUCUAGGCCAUCAUUGGUGAAACCACCCUAUUCGUAUAUUGCUCUAAUCACAAUGGCCAUACUACAGUCACCGCACAAAAAACUUACAUUGAGUGGAAUUUGCGAAUUUAUUAUGACAAGAUUUCCUUACUACAAAGACAAAUUUCCCGCCUGGCAAAAUUCAAUACGGCACAAUCUCAGUCUGAACGACUGUUUCAUUAAAGUUCCUAGAGAGCCAGGUAAUCCAGGGAAAGGAAAUUUCUGGACAUUAGAUCCGUUAGCUGAAGACAUGUUCGAUAAUGGAAGUUUCCUACGACGAAGAAAGCGCUACAAGCGAACCAGCUUAACGCAUGGCGUACCAUUUCCAUCGGCUGUGUUUAGUCCAUUUUCACCAUUUUGGGUGCGAAAACCGGUACCUGUAUUUCCUAUUCCAUUCGGAUCCAGUGGAUUUUCAAGCGGCUUUCAAGACAAUUUCGAUGUUUUCAAUUCAGCCAACGAGUGUUUCGAGAAUCGGGCCAACAGUGCGUUAACUAACAAGAUAAAUUCGUUUAGAGAUAGAGACAAUAUUAUCAAACCAGAAGUUAUAUACGAUAACCGUGUCAAAUUAGAGUUCUUAAGACGGAACAUGGAUGCGUUUCGAAAGAACAACGCGACGAUGGAUUUAUUUGCACAGAACCAAGACGGUGUAAGUGGAAAAUCGGACUUUCUAGACAAUCUAAGCAGAAACUCUCAUCUUUUAAGUAGGAACAAUGAUAGCAGAAAUCAUCUGCAUGGAGGUUCGAUUGAAACGGAUCAAAGUGAUGGAAACGCAAUCAAUUAUUUUUGUUACGAUAACGACGACCUAUCAACCGACAAAAUUGAUGUUGUGAAUGCAGGAGAGGAAAAUAGCUUAAAUGAAAGUGAAAUGAAAUCGAUGAGGACACCGGAUGUCUGUAAAAGCGAAACUCCGCAUUCUGCAGAAAAGGAAAAUAAAUCGUUCGAUGCGCAAGGAAACAAUGCAAAAGAAAACGAUGAAAAACUAUUUCGCGUUUAUAGUGAUUUCUCACCGGAGCAUAAUCUAUAUUCGAGCCGUUCGUCGAAUGCGUCUGCCGAAUUUUUGGAUGUGGAUAACGAGAAACAAUUGUGGCAACAUGACUUUCAAGGUACCUCGAUAAAGAGCAAAAAGUUCUUCGAGACCACGGUACUCGACUAUGAUUUCAGUCAGAAGCGACGGAAGUACGGUAAUGCGAAAGGUUUCAGUAUAGAAAAUUUGAUUGGCCGAACGGUUGAGGAAAGUUGAAUUUGAAUUUCAUUUUUAAGAAAAAAAAAAAUAUUUUAUGUAAAUUUGUCCUUUAAGCAAUACAUAGGUAUCUAGUCUUGUACACUUUACAUUAGUUAUUGACUAAAGCAGUGUGAAUCAGUGAAUCUAAAUUAGAAUUUGAUUUUUUUUUCUCGUAUUGUUUUGUUGUCUCUUCCAUAAUUUUUAUUUCGUAUAUGGAUUUUCGAUAAAUAAAGUUCUAUUGUAUUGUCUUGUAACUUUA